AUGGGAAAUAUUGCACCAAGACUUGAUGGCUCGUUUAUUGAGAGAUCGGGAAGAAUUUGGACGAGCACACCAUGCGGAAAUACCUUCAAAUGGAUCCAAGAUGGCACUGGAAGAGUUGCAACUGGUAUUGCUGUACCCUUGAAUGGUGGAUUGAGUUGGACUGUGUUCAUCACAUUUGACGGUAUCACUCACUGGAAACUCACUCCAUCGAUGGAUGGCUCCCAACUUAUAGGACCAAGCGAUAUCUUUACAAGAAUGACCAUGCCAACAACUCCAAUCAUGAACCCUUGUGCUAGUGUUAUCACUGACGUUCCAUCCCUCAUUGGAGCAAAUUUUGUGGAGAAUUCUGGCAAGUUUUGGUCUUGUUUAAUGCAUGGAGGUGGAUACUUUGUCUUGCAAAAUCAAUCAGAUGGCAGAAAGUGCGAGGGAUUUGUUGUUAGAGAUCCAUCGAGAUAUACCUAUGUUGUGUACUUGGUAUUUCAUGGAAACAAUGGAACAGAUGUCAUCAUGAGAGUUGAAACCAAUGACAUGAAUGUGUUGCCUUUACCAAAUGGAGAUGUUUUCAGAAGAAACAAUAUACCAUCAUACACAGGAAGUGUGAUGUAUCCACCACAGUCCUCAGUUCCAACCGUGCCUUCUUAUCCUCAUGUCGUGCAACCCCCUUCAACCAUAAUUCCAAAUCAAGGUUAUCAACAACCAUAUUAUCCUCAACAAGUCUAUCAACAGCCACAGAUUCAACCAAUUUCACUUCCACUAACACGCAUUCUUCGUAUCGGUGGAGGAAAGGAUGGUAUCACCACUUGGACCAGAUGGGGUGGAAGAGCAAACACCAAUGUAGAUGGAUGGGAAAUGAAAUUCAAAGUCGAUCAAUAUGGAAACAUAUCGGGAAGUAAUAAGAACGAUAACGCAGGAGCUAUCACAAAACACUACUCUGGAACCUUUAUCAACAAUUACUUGGAUGCCAAAGUAACUUGGGAUGACGGAAGAGCUGCCACUUACAAAGGCACAGUUACCGGAAAUAAGGUCAGAAUUGAUUUUGUUAUUACAUCAGUUGGAACACAAGGAGGCUGUGUUGGAGAUUGUGGAGUUAACACUGGAACAUUAUUUGAGACAUUUGAAGACCCUAACACCAAAAACUAUAAAGUUGGAGGUGGAAAUGACGGUGUAACCACAUGGACAAGAUGGAAAGGCGUACCAACAAAUUCCGUAGUGAAAGGUUGGGAAAUGAAAUUUCAAGUAGAUCAGUAUGGAAAUGUAUCAGGAAGUAACAAAAACGAAGGUAGUUCCAUUACAAAAUACUACUCUGGAACCUUUAUCAACAAUUAUUUGGAUGUCAAAGUAACUUGGGAUGACGGAAGAGCAGCCACUUACAAAGGCCCUGUAACCGGAAAUAAGGUCAGAAUUGAUUUUGUUAUUACAUCAGUUGGAACACAAGGAGGCUGUGUUGGAGAUUGUGGAGUUAACACAGGAACCAUUGUGCAAAUUUAA